AUGCGCCCGACAAGACGCACGUUCUCCGCGCCGCCGGGCGAGAUGGAGCUGCUUGCAAGUGUUUCGCGCUCUGGCGGGCUCGAGGACGGCGGCGACGCGCUCAAGGAUCUCGACGUGCAGCGCCGCUUCAGGACAUAUAUUGAUGAAAGAAUCCAUAGGCAUCAUAUCGAGCACCCGCCCGGAUCGGGGAGCGAAGGCGAGCUCGAGAGCCUCCAGAGCUUGGUGCUCCUCUUCCGCAAGUUGCGCGAAGGGGUCGUCGCGAGCCAUCGGCUGGACGACUUUGCGAUUGAGGUCUUCGAAUCGUCGGUCCAGUACGCCGUGCAUGCGCGUAAUGCGCCGCAGCUGCUCUCGGCGCUCAGCGGGCUCGUGCCGGGGCUGUACCUCGCCGUGGACGCCGAGAAGGCGAGAAUAGCCAAGCACGGUGCCGACGGCGGGGAGGGCACGCCGAACGGCCGGACUGCGCCGGCAAAUGGCACAUCAGCGCCAAUGAGCACGCCCAACACGCUCGACGACUCGCCGCCCCUCACGCCGACGGCGCCCUCGCCGCCGUCCCCGCACCCGAACAACCGGACGCACUUUGCGUCUCUAUUGCUGCUGUACCACCUCGUCCACUCCCCAAGGGAGGUAUACCACGCGACCUAUGUCGCGCUCGCGCUGCCGCCCCGCCGGCGGCCCAGCGCCCCGCCGUUCGUCGACCCCGCACAGCUGGAAUUCGCGCGCACCGCCGCGAAAGCGAUGGCUCCGGAAUCGUUUGACCCCCUGCUCUUUUCGCGCCUGGUAGGCGGACACGCAGACAGGAACCUCGGCGCGGCGGACGAGCCGGCCGACGCGCUCGAGCGCGCUUUGCUCGCGUGGGCGUCGCCCAAGAUCCGGGCCACGGCCGGCGCGCUGCUCAAACGCGCAUAUACCGGCACGAGCGUCGACUGGGCCGCCAAGCUGCUGUGUAUGGAGGGCUCGCGCGGCGAGCGCGGCGUGCAUCUCUGGGCUAUGGCGAACGGCGUGGUUGUUGACGACGCGGGGUGGGUCAAGCUGAGGUAG